GUCAUGAGUGGCGUGUAGUGGAUGUUGUAAAUUCCCAGAGGUAUGAUGAAGAUACCAUUGAUUUUGCGGUUAAACCUUGCAAUUUAAAUGGAUAACUGGCAUAUUUGUAUACUAAUUUCGCGGACAAAUCCCGCUCGAUGUAACUUGGGUAUAUGGUACAUGUUAAACAUGGCAAGCAAGGCCCACGCAGAGGUCAAUGCAUUCCGGAAAAAGAGGUUAAAGUUAAAACGGAUAGUCUAACCAUCCGAACAAAUCAUUUCUUGAUUUCAAAGAACAGACCGUGUACGUCGAUCUCCGCGCCGGGGUAACUGAUUUGUCCGGGAGAGUAGGUGCCGAGGUUUUUCUCUCAAGGGUCUGAUAUUAAAUAUUGGCUACAAAAGUCCUUCCCAGUCCUUUCGUGUAUUUUAGCCGUAUCGAUUUCAGGAAUUUUAUUUGAUACCUGAAACUUUUAGACGACAUGGACUCUGCAAUUGCCCAACCGCUGACCCUGAAAUGCGGUCUGGAGUUGAAAAAUCGUCUUGUCAAAGCCGCAAUGGCUGAGAUGUUGGGAGACAAGAAUGGCUUACCGACUGAAACUCUCAACAAGGUAUAUGCCGAAUGGGGACGCGGCGGUUGGGGCAUGAUACUAACAGGAAAUGUUCAAGUUGAUGUGGCAUUUCUUGGAACUUCAAAAGACAACACCGUCAAUCCAAACCACAAGGAAGAGCUGAUUAGGACAUGGAAAUCGUGGGCUGCUGCAUGCAAGCAAGAAGGGACGCCUGCAAUUAUGCAAAUCAACCAUCCGGGACGACAAUCCCCUCUCGGCGCUGGAACAAAAGGCAUAUUCACCAAAAAUCUAGCACCAAGCCCGGUAGCAAUCAACCUAGGCCCAGGUGUUGUCGCCAAAGUCGCUAGUUCCUUGGUCUUCGGCUGCCCACGAGAAAUGACGCAGGCUGACAUUGACAAUGUCAUUCAACAAUUUGUGUACACCAGUCGUUUGGCCGCCGAGACUGGGUUUCAAGGAGUCGAAAUACACGCGGCCCACGGAUAUCUUCUCGCUCAAUUUCUGUCAUCCAAGACAAAUCUUCGUACAGACGCAUAUGGGAAAUCGCCUGCCGGUCGGGCAAAGAUCGUCGUUGAGAUUAUCAAGGCUAUUCGGGGAGCCGUUCCCGACAAGGGUUUCUGUGUCGGAAUUAAGCUUAAUUCUGUCGAUCACCAAUCCGCCAACGAGCUGAGAGAUUGCAUUGAGCAGCUGAAGCAGAUUGUCGAAGCUGGCGUGGACUUCGUGGAAGUCAGUGGCGGAAGUUAUGAAGAUCCUACGAUGUUACAAGCUACUCCUGCAGAGCCUGUCCCCGAAAAGUCAGCUCGUACGGUAGCCCGCGAGGCAUUCUUCCUUGAAUUCGCACAAGCCAUUCGAGGGGAAUUCCCUGAUGUUCCACUGCUGGUGACUGGGGGUUUCCGCACGCGUGGUGGGAUAGCCAAAGCCAUAGAGGAUGGUGGCUGUGACAUGGCCGGCCUUGGAAGACCGGCGGUACUCAAUCCAACUCUGCCGAAGGAUAUACUUUUCAACCCAAAUGUGUCGGAGGAAAAUUCACGAUUGGUGACGAAAACAAUUCCACCGUCUUGGAUAGCGAGAUUCACUGGGAUCAAGUCACUUGGGUCGGGGGCUGAAACUAUGUGGUAUAGCAAACAGAUGGAAAAAAGAGUGCGCAGUCUUUAAACGCCUAGGCGACAUCUGCGACGUGAUAUUUACGAGAUGAUUACUGCCCCUGCCCGUUUCAAUAUUCCUUUCUCUGAGCGAAUAGUAUAUAAUGUUAGGUGACGUUAUUUAAUAGACAUGGAUAAUCUAUGGAGUUACAUGUACUUUAGGAGACGAAUUUCUGGAAAUAAUAUAUGUCAAAUGGACUAGCAUAAAAUAUAAAGCGCGAUAAUAAAAUAGGCUGCGCUAAGGAACAGCAUUGAUUAGAGCAGGGAAAAUACAUACCAAUUUGACGCCGUAAGAAGCGUCGCUGCCGACUAUCCUUAUCGGCUGCAGGGCAAACCACUUCCUUUUGUAAAC